AUGGAGCUCAUCUACGAGUACAGGGACCACUUCCAGGCCAACCUGGCGGCCCAGAAGCAGGCCGCCGCGGCGUCCCACACGGAGUUCCCCGACAAUGCUCCGUCCUGGGAGGAGCUCGAGGCGCUGUUCCAGCGGCGCUGCAGCGACACGAACUACCGCGAGCCCUGGGGCUACCCCACGCCCGACGCAAUGCCGCAUGCCAACCCGAAGCAGAAAGUGCGCACGUUCGGGGCCCCCGCGGCCGAGGCCGAGAAGUGCAAGUUCUACCGGGACUUCUGCUGCUACGACCCGGACUGCCAGCGCGUCUGGCUCUACCUCGAGGCCCGCCGCAUUCCGCACACGGUGCAGCUCGUGGGGCUGAGGCACUACGGGGGGGUCAGCGAGGAGCUCAAGCAGGCGGGCGUGCCGAACGGGGCGCCGCCCGCGAUCAAGCUCGACGGGACGUUCUAUUACGGCAUCGACCGCAUCCUGGAGGCGCUGGACUCCAAGUACCCCGAGAACACGUGCAAGAAGACGGCGAAGAAGUUCGGCGACCGGCAGCUCCCGGUCCUGCCCCCGCUCGGCGACCCGCUGCGCGACGAGUUUGCCACGCUCAGGACGCUGCACAAGGACCUCAAGGCGGCGUGGAUCCGCUGGCUGUGCUCCGCGGAGGACGCCUCGCAGGUCGCCGCGUGGAAGGCGCAGUUCGAGGAGUCCCUCGACGAGCUCGUCGCGACGCUGGAGGCCGCCAACGACGGCGUGCUGAUCGAGGACGAGGCGCCGCGCGAGGCCGGCUGGGGCGCGCCGGGGCCGUUCUUCCUCGGCGCGAAGCCCUCGCUGCUCGACUACUACAUCGCGCCGGACCUCGAGCGCAUGGCGGCGUCGCUGGCGUACUACAAGGGCUACCAGUUGCGGGGCGCGGGGCUGCAUGCGCCGCUCGACGCGUGGUUCGCGGCGAUGGAGGGCCUCCCGAGCUACCUCGGCACGCGUUCGGACGCGUACGCGAUCGUGCACCACAUCCGCCCGACGCUCGGCGGGUGCGGCGAGACGGACGAGGGCGACGCGGAGCAGAUCCGCGCCGCGAUCGACGGCAAGGACGGCCACGCGUGGAAGCUCCCGCUGCCGCCCGUGUCGCAGAGCGUGGGCAUCGAGCCGUACGCGCCCGGGGACCACCCGGCCUGGGACAUGCUGGAGGCGGCGUCGCGGAUGCUCGCCAACCGCGAACACAUUCUUCCGUUCUGCUGCCGCGGGAUGGGCGAGGUCGGCGAGCACAAGCUGACCGCGCACCUCUCGGACCCGACCGCGCAGCCCGCGAUGGAGUUCGCGCCGGACGUCGACGCGGCGAUGCGCCACGUGACGCAUCUGCUGCUGCUGGGAGACCCGGGUGCGAAGCAGGCGUCGGACGCGCCGAUGUUUCCGCCGAGCACGGCGCCGCGCGGGGAGCGCAUGCGGCGGGCUGGCGCGGCCGCGGUGUGCCUGGCGUACCUGCGGGACCGCGUCGGGGUGCCGCGCGACCUGACGUACCCCGGCGCACGGCAGCUCCGCGCGCACCUGAACUGGGCGAUCGACCAGCUGCUCGGCUGA